ACGCAAUGACGCCUUCUGAGCAAAGUAACGAGGAGGGUUGACGGGAAGCAAAUAUGGCGUUUGCCGGAUGCUGGUGCCAGCUGGAGUUGUGGGGAUUGCCGUGAAUAUAGUUUGUUAUUGGAUACAGCUGUACCCAUACUGCCUAAGUUGUUAUGUAUCUGUCAAACAAGACGCGGGUGGUAUAGGGUGAACGAAUGUGUUUUCUUAGAGAGGAUGGAGGAUAUCAACUCGAAUAUUAACGCGGAUUUGGAGGUACGGAAGCUGCAGGAACUGGUUAAAAAGCUCGAGAAGCAAAAUGAACAGCUGAGAAAUCGCUCCACUCUAGUGACGUCAUCAGGGGCUCCAGGGUCCCCGGGGGGCCCUAAUAGCCAGAGGCACCAUGGCAUUAGCUCUGGCUCUCGUGGGUUAGCGGGACUGCAGGGGCUGUCAAUGGGCAUGCUUGGUUUGGAGACUUUCCGAAGUGCUAGUCCCCCUGUUGUUGCCGCCGCCCUAGAGGUGGAUUACAGGAGGUUUGGAGUUGGGGACGGACCUAUAAGCAGUACGGGAGAGGAUAUUGCUGAGGAUAGUGAUGGCGAGGAACUUAGUGAAAAAAGUGUACUGGACGACUUGGAGAUUCUCAGUUUAGAAGACACUGACUGUUUUGGAGAGGACGACAGUUGGUUGUAUAUAACUCCAAAGAAGAAAACAUCACGACAACAUGUUAGCCCACUGGUCUGGUGUAGGCAAGUGCUGGACCACCCAAGUCCAGAAGUAGAAUCUGCCAAAAAGUCAUUGAUACACCGACUAGAAAAGACAAUAUCAGCCACCAGGAGGUCCAGCCUGUACAACAGUUCGUAUAAUCCAGCAGGUUACUCAAGUUCAUACAGUCCAAAUGCUAGCAGUAGUCCUUACAGCAGUGGCUUCAAUUCUCCGUCUUCCACUCCAGUGAGAAUUCCUGUGGUAAAGCAGCUGAUUCUGCCUAGUAGUACAGCUAAUUAUAAAAUGUCAUUGGACAAGAAUGUGCCAGUCAGUCCACAGUCAUCUGUUGACAGUGAAUUAAGUACUUCAGAAAUGGAUGAGGAUUCCAUUGGUUCAGGAUACAGACUACAAGACCUCACAGAUGUACAGAUAUUAGCUAGGAUGCAAGAAGAAAGUUUAAGACAGGAUUAUGCAGCUUCUGCUUCUAGGCGUAGCUCUGGUUCUUCCUGUCACUCUCUUCGACGAGAUCCAAUCAGUGACCAGGAACUUGAUGCUCAUAGUUUAGAUGAUGAUGAAGAUGGUACUCAUCCUGCACUACACCCGCCUAUGUCAAGGUUUCCUUUGUCUCCACGUCACUCCCCACGACCAUCACCAAGGCAGUCGCCAAGGAAUUCUCCACGUUCAAGGUCUCCUGUACGAGGACUGGAGUACAGUCGAAUGUCACCACAACCCAUGAUAAGCCGUCUUCAGCAACCUCGUCUUUCACUUCAAAGCCAUGUCUCAGACCUCCAGACUAGUACUGUUAAAAAUGAAGAAAAAUUAAGACGCAGUCUUCCAAAUUUGUCCAGGACAUCUGGAAUCCAGGCACCAGAGCCUGUAAAGAAUAGCAGAAGCUAUGAUUCAAAUUUACAAGUGCCAAAUGGAGGAGUACCUCGACUUCAACCACAAUCCUCAUCCACUUCAAAAAGGCAGACAAAUUUGUCUCAAGGUUCCCCGAAAACCAAACAGGUUCUUCAAACAACUUCAGCUACUAAAAGAGUACCUUCUCCUAGCAAAGUUAGAACUCCUGCAGCUCCCUCACCUCUGGCAGCCCGGCAGCCAUUGAAAGCAUUUGUAAAUCAUGGACCUGUUUCUGCUGGUGUUCCAUCACCUGUACACAGUAGUACUGUUCCUCCUCCUGGAUCACCAGCUACACAGCCUUUAGGCUCUAAUAACCUUAACACAAGCAUAGGAAGCACUACCCCUAGCAAAACACCUGGAUUAAGAAGCGGAUUGCCUAGACCUACUGCCUCCACUGGUGGAGGCAUACCAGUGCCUCGCAGCAAACUUGCACAGCCUGUUCGAAGGUCAUUGCCUGCUCCUAAGGUUUAUGGGGAGAUGAGAGAAGAAAGUUGGAAGGAUGGCUGCUACUGAGCUACAGCUAGGAAAAAAAUGCACUGUCAACGCUACACACCUUGAAAAAAAGACUUUUGCAGACUGUUCUGAAGUGACAUUGGAGGGGGUUGGAAAUCCCCAGGUCUCUGCUAGAAAUCAGCACAAUAAGGCAGAGAUGAUAAAGCAGCACUUUAAAAACAUUCAUACAAUCAUUUCUUUUACAUUGCUGUAAUUAUUUACUGGUCACAAAAAAAAAUUCAACUCUAAUCUGCUGUUUCAGAGAGGCCAUUGUCUGGGAGAAUCCCAGUGGAUGCCAAAGAAAAAUGUGUGAAUAACAGCAAGUAAAAUGGAAAAUAGAAUGGUCUUCAUGUCUGUCCUGAGUAUUGAGUAGAGAGUAUCUGCUGAGAGGCUGUAUAAAGUACAAGUAGAAGCAAGCAAACAACUUUAUUUACUGAAUGGUACUAGGGAUUUUUGUUAAGUGUUCUGCUGUAGGUUCUUCAGAUAUGAUUGGAAAUACUGUUUACAGAAUCUUGAAACCAAGUGAAAUCCAUCACUUGGUCUUUGAUGACAGAAAACUGGGAAGUACACUUGCUGAAGUCACAUGCUCCAUUACUGUUGCAUUUACAUAUCAGUUUUGGGUAUACUUACAUUUGUUUUAUUUAUACGGUUUGAUUGCCAAAGGGCUGAGUGUAGUGUAAUAGUUUUUAUGCAUUUUUGUGGGGGGGCUUCACUUUGUACAUUCUCUUUUUUUCCCUUUCUUUACUCUUGGAAGACAUUUUUAUGGCAGGUUUCUUUUAUGAAAUUCAUGAAAAUAUGUUCUUCCUCUCUUCUGGUCAAGCACACAACUUUACAGAACAGUGCCAUCUUUCCGUGUCUGAGGAUAAGGAGAAAACUAUGCACUAUGGUAACACAGCACCAAGCUAGUUAUGUUUAUUACAUUGUUUGCUUUAUGAUUUAAGCCAAUAGGGUGGUUCCUAUUUUGUAGCAUUCAGUGCCUCAUGUACCAUCACUACUUAAAUAUGUUCUGUGUUGUUCACUUCAACAAAUUGUUUAAACUUUUAAAGUAUUAUUUGGCCUUAAUUGUUACCAGCUUUAAACACUGUUUGUGGACACAAUCAUUUCCACACAUGUAUGUCACAAACAAGAGUUAUCUGCAAACUUUUUUUUUGUUUUGUAAACUAUUUAGUGUUACUGGUACUGCUUUUAACAGUGAGAAGGCCAAACAGUUGCUUUUACAGAGCAGGUUCAGCAUUCUCAUUUUAAUGUUUGUUACUUGGGUAAGGCAGAAGGGUUCUAUAAAUCUGAAGCGCGCUCAUGUUUCAUGUCCUCAGUUUACAGUGUAAUAAUUUCUAAAUUACGUCUGUGUGUCCUCCCUGAUAGCACACAGAUUUGGAUGUGGAAUUGCAUUUCUUAUGUUGGCAGUGCUUUAUUGUAUAUGAGUGCACAGUUAAAAAAAAAACACUUACCUGUUCCAUUUUUAAAUACCUUGUAAUUCUGUAGGUAGCCAGUAUUUCUGGCAUUUAAGUGGCAGGGUGUAUUUAUUGACAGAAAAAUAUAGGUUUUAUUGGAAUAUAUGGCCAUUGACUAAAUGUUAAUGUAUAUGCAUUAAAUCAUUUAGGUUUUUCUUUUGCUUUCAAAAGUAUGGACAUUAGAAUGAAGAAAAAGUAAAGGAAGCUGAGAAUCAAAUGUGUAGUGUAUAAGACUUAAAGGAAAUGCCAUGUGCAGUUUUAAGGAAAGUAACGUGUAUUGUAAUCUGUUGUAGACGGUUGUAUGGUUUAGCACCUCCAUAUUUUGAAAAAGUACAGUUAAGUUUUAGUCAGUGAAAGUAUCAGCUUCUGUAAAAGUGGCAUUGGUUCCUGUAAAGUAUUGAGAGUUUUUAAAUGAAAGCUGCAUAACUGUAUAAGCUCCCACCUCAGAAGUCUUACCCUUUGAUCAUUGCUACAUGAAGCAUCUUCUUAUACUGCUAUUUUUGUACAGUCUUAGAACCAGAUACAUGGUAGAAGAUUGAGGUGAUGACUUUGUUUACUGUAAAGCUACUGUGAUAUAUCCUGGACUCCAUCUUUACACUAAGUAGAGCUUCUAUAUGUGUGCCAUUAUCCUCAAUUUUCAGAGUGUACAGCAGCAAAAAGUGUCAGCAGUAUGAAUGAUUUUUCCCUUAAAAUAUGUGGAUAAGGGGUAAUACUUUCUGGAAUAAGAAGUUUUAUACUGAGUUUUCAUUUAAACACCAAAGUAUUUUUUUCAGUGCUUCAUGUUUGUUGGAUCCCUAAAGACAUCUUCUGACAUUAUUGUGAGCCAAGCCACUGGUAGUUGCCUUUUGCAUAUUUUACAGAUGUCAGGUUUUGAGUGUUAUAAUAGGGUGUGCCAGCUCUAUUCCUUUUAGUUGGUAUAAUAAAUUUGUGGAUUGACAUUUUUACGCGUUCGGAUCUCAGAUAUCUCUCUGUGGUUAAAAUUCUGAUCUUUGCUGAUGGAUAUGUGGGGCAUGUUCAUACAAAGCUAGUGCCUAUAAUUUAAAUUACCCUGUCUUUGACAUCUGCAGUAACUUUUUAAAAUGAAAUUGUUUUGUGCCAAUUGCUCUGAAUUCAUUUGUUUGUUAGAAAGCAGGCAAUGCUUAACUGUUGUAAAAAAAUAUAAAUAUAUAUAUUUAAUUUUCUCUGUGUAUGAAUUAUUUUUUUUGUAAGUACAUCAAUUAAAAUGUAAAGGAAAGAUCUUGUAAAAAUGUAGAAUAUUCUUGCAAUUUAAAGUAAGUGCUGCUUUAUUUUUUAUGGAAAAAGUCCUUAUUUAUAAUAAUUGCCUUUGUGGUUUUUGUUUUUGAAAUGUUCAAGAAGGAAAGUUGUACCAAAGGAAUCUUUGGAAAGCUAUCAAACCCUAGAAUUCACAUUUGUACCAAGUAAAUAACAUGGUUUAUUUCUGACAUUUAUAAAGCCUAACUUGUAUACAUAAUUAUACUUGUCUUGUUAAUAAAUAUCCCAUGCUGUAUGCAUAA